UGGAGGGGGGGGUGUGGUCAGAGCUCUAGGGCUACAGCCCGGCCCUGCCCCAGGUCAGAGCCCAGCGGAGCGAGCUCCUGGUCGGUGUCGGCUCGGCGUCAGGGCUCAGGUAGGUCCGCGAGGGAUGAGUGGUGUCUGGCUUGGGGCGCCUAGGAACCCAGCUGCUGGGAGGGUCUGAGGGGCGCCAAGACCUCGCCUGGGAGGCGCAGACUUGGCCGCGCUGGCGUCGUGGUCGCACUCCCUGCGGGAGCGGUCACCGGCCCCCAGUGGACUGUUGGGGCCAGGUGGGCUCCUGCUGCCUCUCGGUUUCUUUCGCUCCGCUGGGCGGCCGGAGCCAGGGCUUGUAGACGGGGCCAACCUGGGCCCUUGCGCUGGACUCCACCGGGCAGCGCAGCUCCCUGUGCUCAGGCCAGGAGGGGUGUCCGCCGCGGGGCUCUGGGGACCCUACAACAGCCCCUUAGAGACGCGCGAGUGGAGAUGUACCAGCUCUCGACCCUUGCCCUCAUUGGAGCGUGAUGGGUCACCGAGACCUGUGAGGAGGACCCGACCGAGGCAGCUGUCACCCUAGAGACAAUGUCAGAACCUUGGAGCUCAGCAGCCACUUGAAGGGGGGCGUGUGCUCGCUGAAGCCCCUGCAGUUUAAGGACUAGGCUUGGCGGCUCGCAGUGCGGAGGGAGGCUUCAGCAGCCACCAGCAGUCUCAGCUGUGCUCGUGUCCUGACUGAUCCAAGUUUGCUGGCUGGUCUCCUGUUUCCAUACUUGCCUCCACCAUCCAUUAUCUAAGCAGCAGCAGCGGUGACCCUCCAAACAAUGUAAAUUAUUCUACUGCCUCUGCUAAAUCUCUGUGGUGCUUACAGAGUUCUUUCCCAAACCCCUCACCAUGGUCCCUGAAGGUGACCUUCCUCAGGCUAUUGUUCGUGAUUCACCACCUACCACGUUCCUCCUUGCUCUUUACACUCCAGCCACACUACACACCUCCUUCUUCAGGAGCUCUAUACUUAACUAUUUCUGAUGCCCAGAACACUGUCUCCCAGAUCUUUAAUGCAGUUUGGUUCCUCAUUCCAUUCAGUUCUUGCCCAGGUGUUCUCAACUACCAGAGGCUAAAAUGGCCUUCCCGGUUACCGUGUUCCAUUACACUGCUUUAACUUCUUCUCAGCACUCUCUGAAGUGCUACCUGGCGUUUUGGUCUCUUUGUGAGGGCUGUGACUCUGCCUGUCUGGCCUGCAUCCCUGGCAGCUCGAAGAGAUGCUUUUGCAGUAGUGGCAGCAGGAACAGCCGGGAUGAGGUUAAUGGGGCAUGAAGACUGGAUGAAAGUGAUGGCAGCUACAUCAGGACACAGCAGGGGAGGUAAAGAGGAAGUGAUGAAGGCCUGCCUUUGCUGCUGUGGACCUUUGGCAGGUUACUGUGCCGAGUUAUCCUUUCUCAGCCUUCUCUUUUGGAUUGCUCGGAGAAAACCAGGACUCCAUAGGUGGUAGGGACAGGUGAGGGUGGUGGCAGGGGAGCCAUCCCGGUACAAGUCUCCAGCUUUCCUACUUGCUUUCCUGCUCUUCCUGUAUGUGUUUUUUCCCUAAAGCCCCAUUCCUCCCCAGGAAACCCAGGCUACUUCAGGCAGAGGUGAAGGAUGUGUGCUGUGGUGGCCACAGCCACCUGCUGCUGCACUGCAGUGAUUGGAGCAAACUCCCUAAGGGCAGUGCCAGGGGCUGUCAUCUCUAAGGCACAAAACACAGGGCCUGCCACCAAGACUCAAGACUUUUUUCAAAAUAACCUGUGCCAUUUUCACUAAAGCUCACUAGGACCUGCCAUGUUCCGCAGGGUGGGCUGGCUGGUCCUAUACAGCCUCGUGGUACUGCUCAGCUGUCUGUUCUUCCUGAAGAGAGAUGCCCAGCCAGCAAGGGGGCCUGUGGUGAGACAGCCCUUCUGGGCUCCCUCAGGGCCCCGGCACAGCUCGUGUCCACCCAACCACACAGUGGCUAAUUCUUUCCUGUUCCUGCCUAACCGUCACCGCCUCUUCCUGACCUAUCGCCACUGCCGCAACUUUUCCAUCUUGCUGGCGCCUUCAGGCUGUACUGAGGACACCUUUUUGCUCCUGGCCAUCAAGUCACAGCCUGGCCAUGUGGAACAGCGUGCAGCCAUCCGCAACACAUGGGGCCGUGCAAGAAGCUGGGCUAAGGGCCGGCAGCUGAAGCUGGUAUUCCUCCUAGGAGUGGCAGGACCCACACCCCCAGCCCAGCUGCUGGCCUACGAGAGUCGGGAGUUUGAUGACAUCCUACAGUGGGACUUUGCUGAGGACUUCUUCAACCUGACACUCAAGGAGCUACACCUGCAGCGCUGGGUGGCAGCUGCCUGUCCCCAGGCCCAUUUCAUGCUAAAGGGAGAUGAUGAUGUCUUUGUCCAUGUCCCCAAUGUCCUAGAAUUCCUGGAUGGCUGGGACCCAGCCCAGGACCUCCUAGUGGGAGAUGUCAUCCGCCAGGCUCCGCCCAACAGGAACACCAACGUCAAAUAUUUCAUCCCUCCUACCAUGUAUAGGGCCAACUAUUACCCACCCUAUGCUGGGGGCGGAGGGUACGUCAUGUCCAGAGCCACUGUGCAGCGCCUCCAAGCAGCCGUGGAAGAGGCCGAACUCUUUCCUAUUGAUGAUGUCUUUGUGGGGAUGUGCCUGAGAAAGCUGGGGGUGAGCCCCACGCACCAUGCCGGCUUCAAAACAUUUGGAAUACAGCGGCCGCUGGACCCUCUGGACCCCUGCCUGUACAGAGGGCUUCUUUUGGUACACCGCCUCAGACCCCUGGAGAUGUGGACCAUGUGGGCACUGGUGACAGAUGAGGGGCUCAAGUGUGCAGCAGCCCCCUUGUCCCAGCUUCGAGGGGUGGGUUGAGUGAGUGGACUUAAUUUUCCAAUCACAAGGAAAAAUUGAGAACCUUGAAACUUGGCCCUUGAUGGUCUACAGGAAAUGCUGAUUUCAUUUUUGUAACCCCCUCUCACACCUUGCUAAUUUUGAUUAAAAUGCUGAAACCCA